UUUAAAAACAGUAUCCUCGAGAACAUCUCCCCUUUAUAUUUGUCUAGUUAUCGUGCGGAGUGUGAGUGUGACUCUCAAUCUAAAAUCUUCGAUCAUCUUUUUAGUCAACUUCCGAAGCAACAACUGAAGAGGAAGACAAUUUUCAAAGAUGAAGUACAACGAUCUGUAUGCAGCGUUCUGUUUGUUGGUGUUAAUGUGCUCCCUACUUCCUUCUUCGGAUGGCCUACGAAGAAUUAACCUGAAAAAGAGACCUUUGGAUCUUCUCAGCAUUAAAGCUGCCAAACAAGCUAGAUUGGAGGGGAAGUAUGGAAAAGGUUUCAAGAAUGCACAGCUCAAGCUAGGCGAUUCAAAUGGAGACAUAGUAGAUCUGAAGAAUUAUUUGGAUGCUCAAUAUUAUGGAGAAAUUACUAUUGGGUCACCCCCGCAGAACUUCACUGUGAUAUUUGAUACUGGCAGUUCCAAUUUAUGGGUCCCGUCAUCAAAAUGUUAUUUUUCUCUUGCCUGCUAUUUCCAUUCCAAGUACAAGGCUAGCAAGUCCAGUACAUAUACAAAGAAUGGGAAGCCUUGUUCAAUUCAUUAUGGCUCUGGAUCGAUUUCUGGACAUUUUAGCCAAGACAAUGUUGGAGUUGGUGAUGUUGUGGUCAAAGAUCAAGUUUUUAUUGAGGCUACAAAAGAGCCAAGCCUUACCUUUUUGAUAGCCAAAUUUGAUGGAAUAAUUGGGCUUGGUUUCCAAGAAAUUUCUGUUGGUGAUCAAGUGCCAGUCUGGUACAGCAUGGUCGAUCAAGGUCUUGUCGAUGAGCCAGUAUUCUCUUUCUGGCUUAAUCGUGAUCCAGAAGCAGAAGAGGGUGGUGAGAUUGUCUUUGGUGGCGUUGACCCCAAACAUUACAAGGGAAAUCAUAGUUAUGUUCCGGUGACACAAAAGGGUUACUGGCAGUUCAAAAUGGGAGAUUUUCUUAUCGGAAAUCUAUCAACAGGUUUUUGUAAGGGUGGUUGUGCUGCUAUUGUCGAUUCUGGAACUUCCUUGCUUGCUGGUCCAACUACGGUUGUUACUCAAAUCAACCAUGCCAUUGGAGCAGAAGGAGUAGUAAGCAUGGAAUGCAAAGAAAUUGCCUCACAAUAUGGAGACAUGAUAUGGGACCUUUUGGUAUCAGGGGUACAACCAGACGAAGUUUGUUCACAGGUCGGUUUAUGUCAUUCCAAUGGAGCUCAGUCUGUGAGCGCGAAUAUUGAAAUGGUUGUUGAUAAGGAGUACAAGGACGGAACAUCAGCUCAUGAUAGUGCACUGUGUACAGCCUGUGAAAUGGCUGUUGUUUGGAUUCAAAACCAGUUGCAACAGGAUGGUGUAAAAGAAAAAGUGCUAGAAUAUGUGAAUCAGCUUUGUGAGAGGCUACCUACUCCGGCGGGCGAGUCUGUAAUUGACUGCAAUUCCCUAUCAGACAUGCCAAAUGUCACAUUUACCAUUGGAGGCAAAGCUUACACUCUCACUCCAGACCAGUAUAUUCUCAAAACUGGUGAAGGUGUCUCCUCAAUUUGCAUCAGUGGAUUUAUGGCUCUGGAUGUACCUGCACCUCGUGGACCUCUGUGGAUUCUUGGAGAUGUGUUCAUGGGCGUUUAUCACACUGUAUUCGACUCUGGAAAUCUUCAACUGGGUUUUGCCGAAGCUGCAUGACAAGCACUUUUUAGGCGAGGACAUGUCAUGUAGUCGUUAAUAGUUGCUAUUAAGCAAACUUGACAUAUGGCCUGUGGCUGUAUCGUGUAAUUUCUAUAUCUAUCGUUGUGGCUUUUGAUUUGGGAUUUACUUGUAUGUAUAUGCAAUGCUAUCUUCUUGUUCCAAAUGAGAUUCUGCAGUUGCUAAACACCUAAUUUGAAUCAUUUCUACAUGUAAUUGAUAAAUGCCUCUGCUCCA